AACCUUGCAGUUGGUGGUUUGCACAAACAUUUUGACCAGCACUUGCUCACGGCGUUAACUUCAAGACAUAUCCCCAGAAUAGAAAACUAAUUCCCCUCAGUAAAGCAAAACCUUUUGAAAUUGUAAAGCUGCCGAAAUUCCGAAUCCAGAGAUUUAGGAUCAGGGCUUCUCCUCGUCGUUGAAUUGCACAAUUGUAGCGUUUGACAAGUCGAGUGCUGGGAUCCAGAAAUUGGCCGAUUGGGGUUGUGAUGACGGAUGAACUGGUUGUGUCUGAGUCACGACAAGUUGGCAACAUGUGCAGGGGAGAUGUAGUAGAAAAGGGAUCAGGGGUGAGCUCAUUCACCUGAGAUCGGCAGCGAGAUUAGGUUUCUUGCGUGUUGCAGUUUCACGAGCUCGCAAUAGUGGGAGACAAUGGCACUGGAGAAAGCCGAUGUGAAGGUGAAGCUGGGAGCUCCUGUCGAAAAAAUAUGGAGCGCGGCGAAGAAGAUUGGGGUACUGAUGCCGAAGAUCCUUCCCGAUGUGUUCAGCAGCUGUGAUGUGGUCGGUGACGGUGGGCCUGGCACGAUCCGAGUGUAUCAUUGUGGCCCUGCAAUACAGGAAGGGUUGAAAAUUCGGGAACGUAUCGAUGAGGUUGACGAGGCCUCGCACUCGAUCUGCUACACUGUAUUAGAAGGCGAUCCCCGGUACAAAUCCAUGAGGGCAACCAUAAGGUACGUCUCGAGCGACGACGGCGCCACCUCCACAGCGGUUUUCAACGCCGAGUACGAAAUCGACGAUUCCGAAGAGGGCUUCUCAGAUGAGAUCACCGAGAUGAUAUCAUUGAUGCAGAUUAGCUUGAGUGAGUAUGUUCUCAACAAUUCCGAUGUCAAAUAACUCGAAGAAGUCUUCCUUUUGAGUUGGGUUCUUAAGAAGGGUCUUCUGCAAAUUUAAGCGUCGACAGCGGUAGUGUAGCAGCUUAGUUUUGUAGAGAUUGUGAGUACGAUAAUCCCCGUAUCAUGCAAUGCCCUGUAUUCGGUGGCACGUAUGAUGCUGGGGUUUUCGUUGUAGAUAGAAAGUGUGAAUUGGUGGGCAUCACCAUAGCAUCUCCACUCUGGUGCUUCAAAUUGUGUCUACAAUAUAGUCCUUGAAAUAGCGCCUCAAUCUCACGCACUGCCACGCCAAAAAAACUAUACGAUUUUUGGUGUGAAGUUAUUGUGACAUAGUAAUGUUACUGUUGGUGUUCAUGGGUACCCUUGUUUAUUACAUUUUAAAUUCUACACAAUUGACUAGUACUACAAUGCUCA